CCGCGCUCGGGGGUCCCAGGGGGCGCCGUGGUGUUGGGGGGAGCGGGCGCCUUCGGCGUAGGAAGCCCGUCCCCGUUCCCCGUGGCGCGUCGCGUCGCAUCCGCGUCGGCAGCGGUUCAGGGCACCCCCAGGGUGCGGUGGCUCAUCAGCUUUAUUGCCUUUUUUUCGGUGUUUUUUUGUUAAUCUGUCAUUUUUUCAGCUGUGGAAAGGCUUUUCGGGCAGAAAGUAUGCAAGAAGAGGAGCAAGAAAGUAUCAAAACUUAGCUCCCGCAGGCCUUAAAGGCAAGAGCAGUGUGUUUUUUCCCAAAAUAACAACAAAAAAAACCCAUUCCCCAGCAAAAGCAGGGCUGGUGGGCGAUGGAAACGCUCAGUGUCGGCUGCUCUUGUUGCUUUUAUCACCCAGCCGAGUGAUACCCACGGGCAGUGGGACGUCACUCGCUGGGACAGAGCUCGUGUCGUUCGCUGGGCUUUGUGCCGCUCUUCGGCAGGCAAUUUGCUUGUGUCAACACAGAAAAGGUCAGGGACGAUCUCUGGUCUUGAGAGAUUCCUGUGGACCUUCCCUGUGGAAAUGAAUGAAACAGCCACUCUCUUCAUCUGUUAUCUUAAAAAAUACCCACUGGCCACGGUUGCCAUUCCUGGGCCGCCCUAUCGCUGGCGAGACAACCGAGGGCUUGGGUGUAGCUGGGAUUUCUGGCUGUUCUCCUGUGGUUUUAAGGCUAGUGGAAAGUUUCUGCCAUGCCUAAAGCUGGGAUCGUACGUCCCUCUUCGUAGCCGUGUCAGUCCUGCCCAAGGAUUUACGCUUGCUUCGUCCUGUCGGGAGGGUUAACCUUGAUGUGUCGCUGCAGCUGGGAACCUGACCUCUGAAUUUUUACAGUUUUCUUGGAAAAUGAGAGCCCGAGGCUUGGCAUCGUCUUGCAGAAGAAGUUCUGUCCCGAUGGCCGUGGAUGUGGGAAAAUCACUUUCUGAAGCCUCACUGAGCAGGCAGGCCAAGGGCGAUGGUAGGUGGGACUGCGCAGAGAUGGAGACAGACUACCCAGAGCUAGCAGACAGCCUGCGCCGGCUUUUAGGGCCAGAAGAAGCCAAGCCCUGCCCGCAAGGGACAAAGAGUGUGGCAAUGAGCAGAUGCAGUCGCUUGACCACUGGUGUUACCCAGGGGGACUCAAGCUACCGCCAAGAAGUGUCUUCAGCAUCUGCAUCCAGAUUUCCCAGAGCAAGAGCCAGCCUCUUGGAGACAGAGACGUUAAUUUAUAGAGCUGCCGACAGUGAUGUGCCUCGUCAUGUUAGCCACCAGUUCCUCUCCUCAGAAGAGCAGCAGCAGGUGAAGGCAUCAGGCUGUUGGGAGGCAGCAUCCAGCCCUCCCAGCCGGUGCAGCUCUGCAGAGGAGAGCAGCCUUGCUGGUGCCUGCCAUGAUGCCCGUGCCAGCCGGCAGAGCCGAAGGCUGGGAGCUCAAUCCCCAUUUUCCUCCACCCCAGAGCCCCUGCGGCCCCAAACCCAAACCAGCCCCGAGAGUGCCUUGCGGAGCUGCUCCGCAUUGAGCUUCUCCACUCUGUCUUCAGAAGAAAACGGCCUCUCCGAAGAGCCGUCCCAAAGCUUGCUGGCCAGCACGGACGUGCGGUCUCCUGCAACCACUGCCGCCCGGGACCUGUGCUGUCGGUGGGGUGCGGCAGAAGGCAGGGCGCCGCGGGCACGUAAGCUCUUCAGUCCUCUGCUUCAUGACCACAGCACAGUGGAUUGCAUCAGAGAGAUGUCAUCCUACCAAGCCGAUUACUGGGCGUGUGCCAUACCGGAUUCAUUACCCCCAUCUCCAGACCGUCACUCGCCCCACUGGAACCCCAAUAAAGAGUACGAGGACUUGCUGGAUUAUGCUUAUCCACUGAAGCCAAGAUACAAGCUGGGAAAGAUGCCGGAGCCUUUCUUCCGUGACUCAGGAAUAGGUUUGGACAGCUUUUCACUUUCCCCCGAGGGCACGUCAAGGUCCACCAGCAUCUACAGCCGCAGUGGGCAGGCUCAGGGAAGUGGAGAAAAUGGACGUUGGAGGUUUAUGGCCUCUGCAGAGAGGUUCUCCAUCCCGGGGCCUGGAAAAAGAGGCUGCUCAGGAGCUGGCUCAUAUGAUGAACCUUUACCUAUUGCAAAAGCGUCCUUUGCAAAGAGUGCUUCCUCUCAUCCAUCUAGAGGUCUUGCUAAGGAUGUAACAAGGGAGUCAGCUGGGCCAGGUUCAUUUGGCCACCCUGCUGUGGAUGGGAGAAGCUGGUGUUCCAGAGGGACCCCCUUUCCAAACUACAAAGGGCAGGUGAAAAGUGCAAAUGGGUUUUUACCUACAACACAAGUGCUCCCCCUGAGGAAAGAGUGGGAGGGUGAUGAAGAAUUUCUCUCCCUGCCUCCAAGACUGCGGGAGCUGGAAAGGCUGUCUCAGUUUCUGUCCAAUCUUUCCUUAACUAUAAGGAUGCCUGGGCAGGACCAUCAUAACUUCCCACGUCACAGCGACAGCACGCAGCCCUUUUUAUCCAAGUUGGCUCCUUUUGGAGAAGCGGGUGGCAGGGACAAAAGAGGGAAUAUUGAGGAUUUUGCUGGGCUGUGGCACCCCUGCAGCUCUCGAAAGCUCAGCUGGGAAAAUACUGAAUUGGGUAGCCAGAUCCAUAGGGAUCCUCUGCGGGGGCUUCAUCUGCCGACCCGUCUCAGGGACACAUUGGAUGGGACAUACCUAAAUGAACCACGAGUCAAGGGGCAUCUGAAGAAGAGCCAGCAGAGCGAGUCCCUUUCCCAGUGUGUUAAGAUGUUUUGCUGCCAGCUGGAAGAGCUAAUUCGUUGGCUGUACAACGUCGCGGACAUCACCAACAGCUGGGUCCCAGCCUCGCCAGACGCUGAGAGCCUGAAGGCAUCGCUGCACCGCUGCUUGGAGUUCAGGAAAGACGUGGCCAGCCACCGGAGCCUGACAGAGAGUGUGCUGGAGAGGGGAGAAGCUCUCCUUGACUGCAUGGCAUCAAAUUCGCCAGCUCUGAAAGACACGCUGGGUUUGAUUGCAAAACAGUCAGAAGAGCUAGAAACCCACGCGGAGCAUUUGUACGAGUCCGUUCUAGCUGCUGUGGGUCCCGUGGAGGCCAAGGAUGGGAUGGAGGAUGAGGGGGUGCAGCAGACGGCUGCUCAGUGGGUGCUGCCUCUAACUGACCUGGGUGGUGCUAGCCAGUCUCGGGAUGGCUGAGAAGACCUGCAGCACGCACCAAAGCACUUCCUUCACGUCUUGCAGAAAUGCCAAAUACGUAUGAUUGUAGUGGUCCAUGUUAGCCAGCCCAGCCUGACCACAGUUUGUUUUUUCACUGUGGCUUGAGAAAGGCAAGCUGCACAGCAGUUAAUUGGCUACUGGGAUGUCUCGCCACUAGUGCUAUGUUGGGGAGCUUUCUGCAUGCAGAAUGUACAGCUGGCCUUUCCUUGGGUUGUUUUUAAUGUAUUUUUUUUUUGUUGGUUUUUUUUUUAGUCACCUAUUCCUUCUGUUAGCAAAAUGUCAGGAACGUGUGGGGUUUUUUUUAACUGAGUAAUCCAGAGUGUGCUGUGCAACUCACUUCUAAGUAAAGCCAUGUGAUUUCAAUA